UAUUUUUGGUGGCGAUCCUGGCACCGCCAACGGGAGAGAUGUUCGCUCGUUGCUGAUUGCACCGUUCUAAAGCUUCAUCUUCGAAGGUGCUUCCAGAUUACUCAUAUCGAUGUAAACUCCGUACUUACCAACAAAAUCUUCGUUGGUGACACGAUUAUUGCACUUGAUGGCCAACCGAUCACAAGUGCUGAGGAGAUCUACCAAAAGCUAAAGGGAUCAUCAGAGGUCCUGGCGGUAAAAGUGCGGCAUGGCAUGUGGUCGUGGUGUGAGCAUCGAUGUACGACACUGGAACGAAUCCAGAUGGAUAAGGAUACUGAGAAGGUUACAGGAAGACCGAUUGACGUAUAUUAUGUGAGUACUGCGUCAGAAUACCUUUUAAAUUAUAAGAAAAACACUGAGGGGUACAUUCGCUCAGGAAUAAUCGAUUGUGCAAAAAUAAAGAAAAAGCGCAAAAUACGGCAUAAAAAACAUACAAGGGUCAAAAAUUGUACUAAAAUGGGGGGG